AUGGCUUCUCCCAAUGCUUUGGCGGAAAGUCACCAUUCCCCACCUCGGCGCUUAUCGGACGGCAUGGCAGAAGAACUAGAUAUAGAGUCCUUCAGUGGUGGGAACCUUGAAGUGGAGCAUGGAGAGAGGCGAUCCGGCAGCAACACUCCAGGACUUCCCUCAGAUGGAAAAGAAAAGCUAGAAUCCUCUCUUUCUGCUGUUGAAGCGCACAAUGAGGAAGAGGAACCUCAAACAGCAUCCGCCGAAACAGAAGAUGACCCUUCCGAUGGACCGUUGCUACCUCGUAAACGCUCUAGGACCGGUUCGUUAAAGCGAUCAACAUCACCGCCCGUAGAGCUUGUUGCUGGACCUCGUGAGACGCCGUUGGAAAAAGUCUUGCUGGAGCAAUACCUUCACCGUGAAUGGCUCCACACUGCCCUCGCGGCUGGAAAAGCCUCUCGUAGGGAUAUUCUACAGGAGAAACGGGCCGAGCGCGACUAUUACCUACAGUUGCAGCAUGAGCGCCAAAUGAACCCAGCAGCUCUUUUUGGAACGGGCUAUGAAGGUUUUGGUAACGCAAGAACCGAUAUAAAAUCACAACAUCCGCAACUCUUAUAUCCAUCUAACAGGAGAAAGCCAGGGGGGAGGAAGUCCCGUGAUAUUCGAGUUUCGCGGAAGGAAAUGGAAGCGCAGGCCGACCAAGCCGAAGAUUUAGUUCCAAUUCGUCUGGACAUUGAUUGGGAUAAAGUUAAAAUCCGGGAUACCUUUACCUGGAAUCUCCACGAUCGCCUAACCUCACCCGAAGUCUUUGCUGAAAAAUUAGUUGAAGAUUUUGGCCUUCCACUUGAGACUUGCGGCUCCCUUGUGCGACAAAUUGCGCAAAGCAUCCAGGAUCAGAUAACCGAUUAUCACCCUCAUGUAUUCAUUGAGGAGGAGCCUUUAGACCCCCAUCUUCCCUACUUCGCGUAUAAAAACGACGAAAUGCGUGUUUCGAUCAAGCUUAAUAUAACCAUUGGACAACAUACUUUGGUAGAUCAAUUCGAAUGGGAUAUCAACAAUCCAUACAACUCACCGGAGGAGUUUGCAGCCCAAAUGGCGAGGGAUCUUGCCUUUCCUGGAGAAUUUGUGACUGCCAUUGCCCAUUCUAUCCGAGAACAAAGUCAGCUCUUUACACGAAGCUUGUAUAUUAUAUCACAUCCAUUCGACGGACGACCCAUUGAGGAACCGGAUCUCAAAGAAUCGCUAUUGCCAUCGCCCCUUGACCAUGUCUUUCGCUCAUUCCAGUCCGCCAAGGAAUAUGCCCCGUACCUGUACGAACUCAGCGAAGCUAGUCUUGAUAAAACAGAGAUGUCGAUUUCUCGUGAUCAAAGGCGGCAAAAACGAUCUGUUAAUCGUCGUGGUGGACCUGCUCUCCCUGAUCUCAAGGACCGACAACGCACAAUUCGAACGAUGAUUGUAUCAUCCGUUAUACCUGGAGCCGCGCUGUCGAUAGAAGACAGCCGCCUCUUUAAACGCUCCGGCACCAGUCGAAGCCGUCGUGCUAACGCCCAGCGUGAUGGCUUAGAUGAGUCUGAUGAGUCUGAAAGCGACGAGUCUUCCGCAGGUUCUCCUGCUUUGUCCCAGCUAGCUCAAGGCACCGCAAGGACCCGGAAUUUACGAACAGCUUCAGCGAUUGCCCAGACAGCUAUGCGUAAUCAUCUUGCUCGUUCUGCUACACCUGAAACAUCAUCACUUCAUGAAUCUAGGGUAGCGGCAAGAAGAAGAGACUAUCGUGAGGAAAGCUCCGAAUCCCCCGAGAAACUCAUCAUUAGACUUAAAAUCAAUCCACUCAAACUCCGCCAGUUUCUUAAAAAUUUAACGGCAAGACAAGCCGGAUAUACUGGCUCACCAGCGGCUCCAGCAGUAACAACCCCAGUCCGCCCUGCAAUUCCCACUCCCCGAGCCCCUAUGGGCCCGCCAACGGCUCAACCAGGGGCCACCCCCAAACGUCCAACACCGUCUCAGUUAAAUGGGGUUGUUGAUGCUCCGCACCCUCCUCAGCCUGGUGUCCCUGGUCCUCCGCCGCCUCCAUGGCUUAUCCGUGGCCUCAACAACCUUAAACGAAAUUACCCUCGCGACUCCUUCGAGGGCACUAUGCGUUACACAGCCGUCGACCCUCAAAGCAACCUUCCUUUACCAAAUGCAGCAACAACCCAUCCGGGCCAGAAGCUAAUUUACAAAUAUUUUCCAAGAAUUCGAUGCCACGACUGCCCUGGAAAGCUGUACACUCCCGGUCCUGCUUUGACAGUUGAUAAUUUUGAAGUUCAUCUUAAAAACAGGCAGCACAAGGAACGGGUGGAAGAGCGGCAUGUUCGUCAAGCAAGGGAGUUGGGCGUUGCAAGUGGCUCUGUAUAG